AUGACACGCCCACAAAUUCUCGGGCAAACUCCCAUACAACACACGCACUUGACAGACGUGGAUCGUCACAAAACCCAACUGCUGUCAAUACCACAAAUGGAAAGCAACAAAACACCAACUAAAGCUGAUGGCUCAAAGGCAGCUCCGUUGCAUUACAAUACACCAUGUAUUUUAAGUGAGUCAAUCAGCAAAUUCACUGGAUUUGAGACUUACAUGAAACUCGAUAAUCUUCAGCCCUGUGGCUCAUUUAAGAUCCGUGGAAUUGGAUACUUCUGUCAGAAGGCAAAAGAAAAUGGUGCCAAAAAGUUUGCUUGUUCCUCUGGAGGAAAUGCAGGAUUGGCUGCUGCUUAUGCAGCUCGUAAACUCAAUAUGCCAAUCCUGAUUGUGUUGCCAAAGUCAGCUCCAUCUUUUGUAGCAGAUAUCCUGAAGAGUGAGGGAGCAGAAGUUGAAAUAUUUGGAAAUAACUUUGACGAGGCAAAUUCAAAAUCAACACAAAUAGCUAAAGAAGAAGAUUUUUUAAUCUUAUUCUUAUAUUUUCUUAAUAUUUAUAUUUUCUUAUUCUUAUAUUUUCUUAUUCUUAUUCUUAUAUUUUCUUAUUCUUAUAUUUUCUUAUUCUUAUUAGUGCCUUUCUGCCUAAAAAUGAUUCAAUUUCCUCACAGUCUAUUCAAAUCUAUCUAUCUAUCUAUCUAUCUCAGUCUAUUCAAAUCUAUCUAUCUAUCUAUCUAUUUAUCUAUCUAUCUAUCUAAGUAUUCAAAUCUAUCUAUCUAUCUAUCUCAGUCUAUUCAAAUCUAUCUAUCUAUCUCAGUCUGUUCAUAUCUAUCAAUCUUGGUCUAUUCAUAUCUAUCUAUCUAUCUAUCUAUCUAUCUAUCUCAGUCUAUUCAAAUCUAUCUCUUCAGUAUCUAUCUAUCUAUCUAUCUAUCUCAGUCUGUUCAUAUCUUUCAAUCUUGGUCUAUUCAUAUCUAUCUAUCUGUUUCUAUUCAUAUCUAUCUAUCUAUCUAUCUAUCUAUCUAUCUAUCUAUCUAUCUCAGUAUAUUCAUAUAUAUUUAUCUAUCUCAGUCUAUUCAUAUUUAUCUACCUAUCUAUCUCAGUCUAUACAUAUCUAUCUAUCUAUCUAUCUAUCUAUCUAUCUAUCUAUCUAUCUAUCUAUCCUAA